ACACAAACCGGAAGAUGAAGAAGGACCUGACGCCGAUGUUGACAGUUUAGCUAACAGUGACUUCCAGCGAUUCACUGUAGAGGAUUUCAAUACUUUAAUGUCCAUAGUCGUAAACUUUCUGACUUGCUGAUGUGUUUAUAUCCUGCAGACUGACAGCAGCCGGUGAAGUGGAGACAUGGCGGAUGACGGUAGACGGGGAGAUGAAGAUGACCGCGGUCCCGGAGCAGUUCACCAGGUGUUUGUGGUGAUGGAGUGUUUACUGGAAAAGCUGAAGGUGUUAAAUUAUGAGGAGGAGGUUCUGGCCAAACACAACAUGAAGAACCUGUCCAGACAUUAUUUUGUCUCCAGUCCAUAUCUGGGAUCCAACCCCGGCGAGCAGUUCUACAUGUUCACCAUCAUCGCGGCGUGGCUCAUCAACAUGGCGGGGCGGCCGUUCACCGAGCCUCAGGAGUACGACGAACCCAACGCCACCGUGUCCAACAUCCUUGCAGAGCUCAGGGCGUUUGGUGUCAAGGUGGACUUCCCGCCCUCCAAACUGAAGUCAGGCUCAGGCGAGUACGUCUGCUUGGUGCUGGACCGACUGGCUGAGGAGGCUCUGAGGAGGAAGGGGUUCUCCUUCAGAAGACCAAAGUACCCAACAGAAACCACAGAAGAAGAGUCUGUGAUUGAGGACGACGCAGAGCUCACACUCAGCAAAGUCGAGGAGGAGAUGAUAGAAGAGCCUGAUGAGGAGGAGGAGAACGUGAUGGAUCUGGAGGCUCUGAAGUUACGGACCACUCACACUGAAGCAGAACCGUCCUCCAAACCAGACGAGAUCCUGGAGUCGACAGUUGAUGCAGCAGAGUGGAACCUGGAGGUGGAGAGAGUCCUGCCUCAGCUCAAAGUCACCAUCAGGACAGACAACAAGGACUGGAGGAUCCAUGUGGACCAGAUGCAUCAACAUAGAGACGGGAUCAAGUCCUCACUCAAAGAGGCCAAGAGCUACCUGGACAAACUGCAGGAGGACAUCGGGAAGACUCUGGAGAAGGUGAGCAGCCGGGAGAAAUACAUCAACAACCAGCUGGAACAUCUGAUCCAGGAGUACCGCAGCGCUCAGGCCAAACUCAGCGAGGCCAAGGAGCGAUACCAGCAGGCCAGCGGAGGAGUGACAGAGAGAACCAGAGUCCUGGCUGAGAUCAGUGAGGAGCUGGAGAAGGUGAAGCAGGAGAUGGAGGAGAAAGGCAGCAGCAUGUCUGAUGGAGCUCCGGUGGUGAAGAUCAAGCAGAGUCUGACGAAGCUGAAGCAGGAGAUCGUUCAGAUGGACGUGAGGAUCGGCGUUGUGCAGCACACCUUGCUGCAGGCCAAACUCAAAGAGAAGUCCAACAUGACGCGCGACAUGCACGCCACCAACAUCCCUGAGUCCGCUGCUGGGCCCUUCACUUAGUCUGAUCACCAACACUCAAUGCUCCUCUCCUGUUUCUCUGACCUGAACUGAGGCUGAAAUGUUGAAUCUCAUGACGUUGGAUCUUUAAAACGUCCUAGAAUUUCCUUUAAAACCAGAAAAGUAAUCUCUGAGAAAAUAUUUUUUAUACUUUUAAAAGAUUCUCUCUGCCUCGGCCCAGCAGCUGUUAGCUCAUAAAACAUUUCUAGUUGAACAGUUCAUUGAUUUCACUCUUUGUCCUUAUUUAUUUUGUAGCUUCUUUUUGUAUUGAUAACAUUUAGAGCCAUUUUUGUGUAUAUGAACAUAAAAUAAAUUUUGAUACCAAUUUACAAUCAA